AUGCUGUUGGUAGAGUCGCACGGCGGCGUCCAGAGAGACUGCCUCGACGUAGAAUACGUUCCAUCUUACAAACCUGAAAAAUCUGGUGAUUUAGAAGGGCUCCCAUCUAUUCCGCCUACAAGCUUAGGACGAGAUUACGCAUUAAGUGAAGAAAUGAAAGAUGCGCCAGAAGAAGUGAAAAGACUAUUUUCAGUAGCACACCUUGGAAAGAAAGAAUAUAAUAAAUUAGUGGAACAUCAUUUUAUUGAUAGAGUUAAGAGGCAUAAGUAUGAUGAGAAUACUGCUGAAACUCGAAUUGCUAGACUCACUGGAACCAUAAGGAGGCUACAAGAUUCGAUGGAAAAAUUUCCAAAAAAUGCAAAAUCUAAACAAUUAGUACAAGAACUUAUAGACAGGCGAAAAAAGCUGUUGAAGUUUUUAAGGCAGUAUGAUUACAAGAAAUUUGAGUGGCUAUUGGAAAAACUUAAUAUUGAAUAUAAAGGACACCCUGAGUCUUAUAACAAGUUAUCCCGGAAACAAUCCUUAAGAAAACUGACUGAGAUGCACUGUGAUGACAUUAAAAAUAGCAAAUUGGCAGACUACAGAAGCUUACUUGAAAGUCAACAAGGACCUUUCCUUAGGAACAAACUUGAAGCUCUAAACUUCAUAAAAAAAGAACAACUUGAAUUACAAUUACCAGUCACAGUAACAGCGCAAGAUAUAAAGAAAGUGGAAGAACAAUUGAAAGAAUGGACAAUAAAGGAUGAGAUAAAGCAACAAGCAAAGAAGAAGAAGAGAAACAUUUUGUUAGAAGUUGAA